AUGCAGGAUUCGCCCACUGCCCUGGCGAUGGAUGGCUACUCCAGUAACGUCCCCGCGUUUCUCACCAAGCUGUGGACGCUGGUAGAAGACCCCGAGACCAACCACCUUAUCUGCUGGAGCAUCAACGGCACCAGCUUCCAUGUCUUUGAUCAGGGACGUUUUGCCAAGGAAGUGCUGCCCAAGUAUUUCAAACACAACAACAUGGCCAGUUUUGUCCGACAGCUGAACAUGUAUGGUUUUAGGAAGGUGGUGAACAUUGAACAAGGUGGUCUUGUCAAACCGGAGCGAGACGACACAGAAUUUCAGCAUCUUUAUUUCCUCCAGGGCCACGAGCACCUCUUGGAACAUAUCAAAAGAAAGGUGUCAGUUGUGAAAAGCGAAGAAACGAAGAUGCGCCAGGAGGACCUGAGCAGACUGUUGUACGAAAUCCAAGUCCUCAGGAACCAGCAAGAGACGAUGGAAUGCCAAGUGCAGGACAUGAAGCAGCAGAAUGAAGUGUUGUGGAGGGAAGUGGUGUGUCUCAGGCAGAAUCAUUCACAACACCAGAAAGUGAUCAAUAAGCUGAUUCAGUUUUUGUUUGGCCAGCUCCAGUCAAACCCCAGCAGCACUGGAAUAAAGAGAAAACUCAGACCUCUCAUGCUGGAUGAUGGGAAUCCUGUUCCACAAAUGACUAAGUACAGAAGACAUUUGUCUCUGGAUCCUCUUCACGAUUCCUAUUUCAUUCAGUCGCCGUCUGCAGAGCCUGCCUCACGCUUGAGCAACAAUCCUGCCGUCGCCGGAGGGCCGAUCAUAUCGGACGUUACCGAAGCCUCACAGUCUAAUGCUGUGAUCAUGCAGCCGCCUCCUGAGGUUGAGAGACCAGAAAUGGCCGAUCCUUUGGAGGGUGCCGACUUGACUCUGGAAGGCCUUCAGAUCCUGCUGAGGAGCCAGCAGUACAACCUGGAAGCCGCAAAUCCUUUGGAGGUCUUCAACCCCACUCUGUCUGCAAGUGAAUGGAAUCUGAAUGAAGUGGAGGCCAGUUUAUCUUCGUUAGUCUUACCGCUGACCACCUUUGCAAGGUUAUUCAGAUAA